AUGCCGAAGGCUUCACGAAGCAAGCAAGCGCGGCACGACCCGCUGCACGUUGAGCUCGCUGCUGACGAGUCGCUGCGAAAGUUCGGCCGCGCCAAGAACCGCAAGUCCAAGGUUGAGCAGGAGGAGGUCGAGGAGCCGCGAACGGGUGAGGAUGCGCGCAUGUCGCGCAAGAUUCUCGAGCUCGCGCGCGAGCAGCAGGACGAGGUUGCGAACGAGCUUGGAGAGGACGACGACGACAUGUGGAAGGAUGAGGACGACGAGCCCGAGCCGUCCGCCCGGCCACGACAGAUCGAGUCGGACGACGACAGCGAUGACGAGGAUGGAAGCGACAUCGGCGGAAGCGACGAGGAGCACGAGCUCAACAUCGACCCGGAGGACCACGCUACGAUGGAUGCGCUCGGCAAGGAUGAGGGACAGGGAAAGACGCUCGCGGAUCUCAUCUUUGCCCAGAUGGACGGUGCGCCGGCUGCCCCCGUCGAGGACGAUGGACCCCCGGAUCCCCGCCAGGGCCUGAACCCCAAGGUUGUCGAGGUGUACACGAAGGUCGGCUACCUGCUGUCGCGGUACAAGAGCGGACCGCUCCCGAAGGCGCUCAAGAUCCUUCCUUCGAUGCCGCAGUGGGCCCAGCUUCUUGCCGUCACGACGCCGACGAGCUGGACGCCGCACGCUGCGUUCGCGUGCACCAAGAUCUUUGUUUCGAACUUGAAGCCGAGCGAGGUGCGCGUGUUCCUCGAGGGUGUGCUGCUCGACCUGGUGCGCGAGGACAUGCGCAACAACCACGGCAAGCUCAACGUGCACCUGUACAACUCGCUCAAGAAGGCGCUGUACAAGCCCGCGCCGUUCUUCAAGGGCAUCCUGUUCCCGAUGUGCGAGUCGAGCUGCUCCCUGAAGGAGGCGGCCAUCGUUGCCUCUGUCCUCUCGAAGGUCUCUGUGCCGGUUCUCCACUCCGCUGCCGCCCUCAUGCGUCUCGCCAGCAUGGACUAUGCCGGACCCAACUCGCUCUUCAUCCGUAUCCUCCUCGACAAGAAGUACGCGCUUCCGUACAAGGUCGUCGACGCGCUCGUGUUCCACUUCAUCCGACUCGCCAACUCGCCCCGCUCGCGCGACGGUGAGGACAAGCUCCCCGUCCUCUGGCACCAGUCCCUCCUCGUCUUUGUCCAGCGAUAUGGCUCUGACCUUACCGCGGACCAGAAGGAUGCCCUCCUCGACGUCAUCCGCGUGCGCCCGCACCCGACGAUCAGCUCUGAGAUUCGACGAGAAAUCGUCAACUCUGUCGAGCGCGGCGCCCCGCGACCGGACGACAGCGGCGACGUUGCGAUGUAA